AUGGUACAUGGACAGCAGACACGGAUUUCCUCGCUGGGUGGGAGCUCGCCGCCGAUUUCAAGCAAACUUGUUCUGUGGCGUCAAGCGAAAGAGGGCUAUAUUUGGAACCCAGCGCCAGCAUUUUUUCUAAAGAAGGCGCUUGUAGCUGCUAUCCUAAUCAACAACAUAGUACGCGACACUGGUCACGCCAAUGAUGAACCCUUUUCUCACGCUAGGUCCGUCAGACCGUUUGCAAAGUCAGUCGGGACCAGAUCACUCAACCCAACAUUAUUGGGUGGUGGGAAGCCGACCUUGAUCUCGACAGUGAAGUCCAUCCUCCUGGUCAACAGCGACGUUAACAAGCGCAGAGACGAGUCAAUCCUCGGACAAGAAGACGAAGUCUGGGUACUGUUUUCAGCGGGCGAGAGCGGCUGUGACAUGGUCAUCAAGACGACAGCGGGUCACAGCGACGUCGACGAGGGCCGAGCACAUUGCGCAAUGCAAUGCGACUAA